GGCAGUGGGCAAUAUUUCUGCGCGCCAAAACCUUGGACUUCAGUGUGCGAAUGAGGUCUGAUACAACAUAAUCAGAAAGCGCCAACCGUCAACCAAUCAGAAGCGUCCUUACAUUGAUACACUGUGCUACAAGGGAGUUAUAAAGCUUCACGCUUGCAGCAUUAGCGACGCAUAGACCAAGCCAACGCUCGGACCAUAUCUGUUACUUGUUAUAUUACCUAAUGAUAUUUCGAGAUAUGAGACCGCAGUUGUAACUGCAGUACCCGUUUCAUUUGCAGUCGCGUGAGUGGACACCAUUUGAUACAGGACGGUGUGGAGAAGAGCCAGUGGACCUCGAUAACGCCACUUCUACAGAGAUUGAUACCGCACGCGCAGCUCGACCAACUUAGCGGGGGAAUCGCUGCGAUCUGCACGGGGUGGGAAGGCUGCCCAGCACCGCAUCACAAUCAUGACAGCUGUACGGUACCACCGAGGUUUACUGGUGACACUUCUCCUGACAGUCGCAUGGGCGUCUGGGCGAGCAGACUUGGCAGACAUUGUGGAGAAUGCUGAAGUAGCCAAAGAGGUCUCCAACGAGUUAGAAGGUGUAAAAGCUGUCGACUGGGAAGAGGAAGACAAAAGGCAAUACCCAGCAGGCGCCCCCAUCGGGCUAGAUGGCAAGCGGCAAUGGUACACCGGCAAACGACAAUGGUACACGGGCAAACGGGACGCGAGCGAUCUACACGACGCCGCGGCGUUAUUAGCAGACAGCGGGGACGAGGUUAAACGACAGUUUUACACUGGCAAACGCCAGUGGUACACCGGCAAACGCAGCGGGGAAGGGGAACCAGCGACGGACGACGAGAUCAAGAGACAGUGGUACUCCGGCAAAAGGCAGUGGUACACGGGCAAGCGGGACGAUAGCGAAGACGAGAAGCGCCAGUGGUAUACCGGUAAACGGCAGUGGUACACCGGCAAGCGCUCCGGGGAAUUCGCGCCAGAAAUCGACGCUGCUGACGAAGCCAAGCGACAGUGGUACUCGGGCAAACGCCAGUGGUACACCGGUAAACGAGAGGACAACGACGACCAGAAACGUCAAUGGUAUACCGGCAAAAGGCAAUGGUAUUCCGGUAGACGUUAGUGACACUCGUUGUACACCAUGAAAUCUCAACACGGACAUAUAGCGGAGUCUUAAAAGAAAUACACUGGUCCCAAAGUUUAAAACAUACAACAGUCUGUCUUAAUGAGUUCAAAACAGUUUUUGAGAUAUCAAGCAUAAAGAUGCUUGUGUUUUUGUACACCUGAAAAAAAUACGUGUGCUUAAAGUAAUGGGUUUUUGUUGUCGUUGUUGACUGUAGGAUUUGGUAAACAUGUUGACAAAAAAAUAACAAUGUUUGUAGAAUUCUUGCCAAGAACAAAAUGCCAUUGACUCCUAAAAAUAAAAUGUGCAACAUCGUAGUUGUGAAAAACUAAGUUCAGGCUACAAAUGAAAUGGGGGAAAACAAGAUACACUUAUGACGUAUAAUUUGUUAUUUGUGAAAGUAAUUAAUGAAUAAAAUGUUGAUUUUUAAAGACAAUACAGAUAUAUGAUUGAAAAAUUGCACAGACACUUUGUGCCAAAACUGCCGGCAACGCUUAAAUAUACGAAAACGUAACUUUUAACACUGAUGUUUUGCUGCGAACGAAUAGCACUUUUUAAGUUUAGAAACAUUAGAUUACAGUUCAAUCUCACUGAAAUGUCUCAUAAGAAAUAGUGAGUCGAAACUUAUGUAAAUUAUUAGUAUUUUAAUUAAGAGGAAUUCAAGAUCAUGAGCUGAGAGGGGACACUGGUAAUAAUUGCCAAACAUCCUCCUGUUUUGUUGUGUUAGGCCUGUACAUUGGGAGUCAGGUUCGACGCAGUGGUUACUGUCCUCGCCUUCUGCCGCUGUGGCCCGGGUUCGAUUCCUGCCCUAGACCACAUGCGGAUUGGGUUUUCAGUCCCUGCCUGAUUCCGUGAGUUUUCCGCAGAAUAUUAUUCUGGGAUUUUCCUCCCACCUCUAAAAACUGCAAUUUCUUCGCAUUGUCUCCUCUCUAUACUUCUUCAGGCUUUCGAGCUACAGUGCCUAGGGCACUUUUGAGGAAUCCUUGAUUUUAUUACCAGAAAUAAACGAAUAAAUAAAUAAUUGUUUCAGUGUCAGGGGUCCACUGAUCUCAUUAGAAAAGCAGCCGGAAUAAUUGAAUUGAAUUACUUGUAAAAUUGAAUUGAAUAAUGUAUUAAUUUGUCUUGUGUUACACAAACAGUUUUCAGGAGAAAUAAACAAGAAAAACUGUUUGAAGGAAUGAAUCUGAUCAUUUUUGAUCCGAUCCCAAAAUUGAUCUGAAAUUUGGCGGUGUCUGUAAUAACGUAGCAGUUUCAAUUGCAAGGUGCGGCGUUACUACAUGAGGGUGUUCACUUGGUUCAGAAAUUGCGAGAUCUAACUUAAAUGGGACCGAGUUUUUUGUACCAGGUUCUUAAUUGAGUAACCCUAACUUCCGGGAAGAUUUGGGGUUUUCGCAAGCGUCUUUUGGAAGAGUUGCCAUGGUCUGACAACUUUCGGUAACGCCGUACCUUUCAGCAACGUUGCUUUCAGUACAAACAAUUUCGCUUGGUUUAUACGUUUAUGAGGGAAAAUAGCGACUACUGCUCUUAUUUUUUUUCUAAGCACAAGAGUUAGAACUGUGCAAUAAACUAUAACCCACGGACAAAGUAAAAAUGUAAAUAAUUUGUAGGUAGUCCUAUAAACAAUAAUUGCGAGGUGGCAAAAAUUUACUCAAAGAACGACAGUGUAUUAAAGUGGACCAGCUUUUUUUCGUAGAAAUCGAGUCAUAAAUGGAAUAUUUUAAUGUUAACAUAGAUUUUAAGUUAAACAAAUUUAAGCUUUUUGGUCAUUAAGCCUGAAUUAUUCGUUUUUCGUCGGAAUCAGGAAAAAAUGUAUAUUUUCUUUAUCGUAGAUAUUCGUUGUCAAAUUUCCCCCCAUAAAUCAAUAAUGAAUGUACAUGUAUUUUAGUUUUAAAAUAAUGUAUUACUAUUGCCCAAAUUAAAACUCUUUUUUGGCUCGAGUUAAACGCUAUUAUGCUGAAAGUAUAUAUUUUACAACAAACUGUUUAUCGACGAUGACAAUACAUUGCUUUGUAUGCAUGUAAAAAAAGCGAACAUUGAAUAGGUUUAGCGUAACAUACUUCAGCAGUGUAAAGUGAUAUUUUUUGUUGGUAAGCAAAUAAUAAAAUAAAUGAAGCAAAAACAAAAUGCUUACUGACGUAUAGCUGUAGUAUUUGGUGUUGGUGGCAGAGAUUAAUUCAGCCUCACUGGCCCAUAGCAGGGGCGGAUCUAGAGUUCAGACGGUAGGGGCGACCUUUCAGCCAUGGCGUAUAAUAUCAAACAUGCAGAAGUCAGUAUUCAUGAUAAAUUCAAAUUACACAGCUGUUUAAGGCGGGCUAGUCGAGAUAAAUGUGGGGAGGGCAUUCAGCCGGAGUCAAAUUUGUGGAGUUGUUAAGCACAUACAUUUGCUGCACAGGAAGUAUUUGCUAAGCGAAGACAGGUUACAAAAUCAGCCUUAAUGUCGUUCAAUUAUCGCCAGUGAUUGGCUUCCGACAUCACUCUAAAAGUCCCGGGCCAGAUAAUUUGACCCAGAAUCCGGGUCCCAUGGUGCCUGAUCCUUUUUUCCGGGUCAAAAACGAUACUUUUCCGGGUCAAACUGACCCGGAUAUUCAGAGUCAAAGAAGUGUAAAUUUGACCCGAAAAAGUGUAAUUUUGACCUGGAAAAGAGUCAGGCACCAUAGGACCCUGAUUCCAGGUCAAAUCUGACUUUAAUAUGACUUUAUAAGUGACUUUAUAAGCGAACCAUUAUCAUCUGAUAAAGCCACCCCAUGAAUUUAUCACCCAUUCCGAUCUGCACGUUUUUUGAAGUUCCACGCGACAUUGCAUUCUUCCCGUUAUCAUGCUAAUUACCCUCGCCUGCAGGCAACAAUAGCAAUAUCAUUCUCCAUUAACAUUAACUGUUGAAGGGUUUUUAAUCAAAAGGUCCCCCCCCCCCCAUUUUGUGGACAACUGUUAGCUCAUAUCCCUGUUAUAAAAAUGACAAUUGUAAAUGUACGUGAGCUUUGAUUUAUCAAACGUACAGAAAAUUAAUUUAAAGUGGGAAACAGUGGAAUUUAAAAGUGUUCUUUUUGUUUGUGAAAUAGAGUGUAAAGAAAGGGAUCUCAAAGAAAUAUAUAAAUAAAGUGUCUUUAAUUUUGUCCAAGUCGGCAA